GCAUGAAAACAUUGGAAUGUAAGGAUUUCUGCUCACGGUAAUGACGUUCCUAUAUAAGGCAUGGGUAGCUGCAGCAGCAUCUGUCCAAAGUCCUUAAUAUUGUCUAGGUCUUGUACAGCGAGUGCCACAACCAGGCUAGUUGAGCAGAAUGUACACAAUGAAGCGGCUCAGGGAAUAAAUGGAAGUGUGCCAGUCAAACAGUCCCCACGUUCAGCUUCAAAUCCAAAGCCACAAGUGCCUCCAAAGCCAAUCCAUCUGCAGAAGGUGUCACCUGUUACAUACCAAACCCCUAGGCAUAAAGCUUUAUCAAAUCAGAAACCAAGAAUGGAGGAAGAGACACCCACCCCUGUUUCUAGUGUCGCAAAGGAAAAGUCCAGUAAAGUGUCAGAUCUUAUCAAUCGUUUUGAGGGAGGCAGCCCGUUAAAUCCUAGUGAUUUGAAGAAAGAUUCCUCUGUUCUCCACAUUUCUAAAUCUCAAGGAAGAUAUGGGUCAACACCAUCACCUCAGCCAAAACUCCCCUCCCAGCACCCACUACAAAAACAGGGAAACAGUAAUACCGACAAAACUCAGGUUGUACAGCUACACACAGCCAACGGAGUAGUAGCACAAGACCAGACGGAAGAUGAGGACAGGAGAUUACCAGAUCGUGGCUCUGCUAUAUCCACCCUGGUUCCAGAUAAUGCCAUUGACAGCAGCUUGAUAAAUGGGGAAAGAGAAAGUACUUCCAGAGAGUCAUUGCAAAGUAUGACUGCCUGUGAAGGACAGAUGCUUAACAGCUGCUACAGGACUCGAAGCAGUGAUACACUGCUCCCAUCUGAAAAUGAAACUCUAGAAAUUAAUACUAAUGUGAAGGAAGAACCAACUGAGGAAAUGAGUAAGCAAGAUCAACCUGUAGAAACAAAGGAGACAGAUGAACAGAAACGUCACAAAAUUGCCAGUGAACUUCUGCAAACAGAAAAAGCCUACGUUAGCCGACUUGACCUCCUAGAUGGGGUAUUCUAUUCCAGACUCCUUGAGGAAGCCAACAGAGGUUCAUUUCCAGCUGAAGUGAUUAACAAAAUCUUUUCUAACAUCUCAUCAAUAAAUGCUUUCCACAGUAAAUUCUUGCUUCCAGAACUUGAGAAAAGAAUGCAAGAAUGGACUACCACCCCCAGAAUUGGAGAUAUUCUGCAAAAGUUAGCUCCUUUCCUCAAGAUGUAUGGAGAGUAUGUGAAGAAUUUUGAUAAUGCAAUGGAAUUGGUGAAAACGUGGACUGAACGGUCACCUCAAUUCAAAUUCAUUAUUCAGGACAUUCAGAAGGAAAAAGUGUGUGGAAAUUUGACAUUGCAACAUCACAUGCUAGAACCAGUACAACGGAUUCCACGCUACGAGAUGCUUCUAAAGGACUACCUAAGGAAAUUGCCUCAGGAUUCUCUAGACUGGAAAGAUGCUGAAAAGUCCCUGGAAAUUAUAUCCACUGCAGCAAGUCACUCAAAUAGUGCAAUAAGAAAAAUGGAGAAUCUAAAGAAAUUGUUAGAGAUAUAUGAGAUGCUGGGAGAAGAGGAAGACAUUGUGAACCCUUCAAAUGAACUGAUAAAAGAAGGACAGAUCCUUAAACUCGCUGCUCGCAAUACGUCUGCUCAAGAACGGUAUCUUUUCCUAUUUAACAAUAUGUUGCUCUACUGCGUUCCCAAAUUCAGCCUGGUAGGAUCAAAGUUCUCAGUUCGAACCAGAGUCGGCAUAGAUGGUAUGAAGAUUAUAGAAACUCAUAAUGAAGAAUAUCCACACACUUUUCAAGUGUCUGGAAAAGAGCGAACACUGGAGUUGCAGGCCAGUUCUGAACAAGAUAAAGAAGAAUGGAUAAAGGCCCUUCAGAAUACUAUAGAAGCUUUUCAGCAGAGGAAUGAAACUUUCAGAAACGCUAUUGCUAAAGAAUAUGAAGACAUACCUGUUGAGGUUUCUAACGCUGAGCUUGGAAAGAGAGCACCGAGGUGGAUACGAGACAACGAAGUAACCAUGUGCAUGAAAUGCAAGGAGCCCUUUAAUGCGCUGACAAGGAGAAGGCACCACUGCCGAGCAUGUGGACAUGUGGUUUGCUGGAAAUGUUCUGAUUACAAGGCACAUCUCGAAUAUGAUGGCAAUAAAUUGAACAAAGUCUGUAAGGACUGCUAUCAUGUUAUAAUUGGUUGUACAGACAGUGAAGAAAAGAAGAAGAAAGGCAUCUUGGAGAUUGAAUCUGCGGAAGUCUCUGGAAAUAGUGUCAUAUGUAGCUUUCUUCAGUACAUGGAAAAAUCAAAGCCCUGGCAGAAAGCGUGGUGUGUUAUACCUAAACAGGAAGCUCUUGUGCUGUACAUGUAUGGUGCUCCCCAGGAUGUUAAAGCUCUGGCUACAAUUCCACUUCUGGGCUAUACAGUAGAUGACACUCCAAGAAGUGCUGACCUCCCGCACAGCUUCAAACUGACCCAGUCUAAGUCUGUGCACAGCUUUGCUGCAGACAAUGAGGAACUAAAACAGAAAUGGCUAAAAGUUAUCCAUUUAGCUGUCAAAGGUGAGACACCAGAAUGUCAAAAUGAACUGCAAGUGAAUUUAGAAGAGCAACCUGAAUCUUCUAAAACAUCUGAAUGCUGAAGCUCAAGAACAUAUGGUAUUUUUAAAAGAUUUCAAUUGAAUUUGUGGUUAAC